AUGACAAGAUGUUGGUUAUACUGGGUCAACAACUGUUUUUGGAUUGCCGUUCUCAGCGUUUGCCUGUUCCUGUGCAAAGGAAAAAAGAAAGGUGCAAAAACAACUGCAAAGUCUCAACUGAAAAAACCUACUAGUCCAUCACCCCCAGUGGCUCCAUCGACAACCUCGAAUGCCAACAACAAAUCGAUGAUUCCUGCCGCUCUGAACUCAGUUCCACCAGCAAAACCGAAAGAAGAGAAAAAGGAAGAAGAAGAGGCGAAGAAGGAAGAAAAAGAAGAGAAGAAGGAGGAAGAAAAGAAAGAAAAUGAGGAGAAGAAAGAAGAAGAGAAGAAAGAAGAGGAAAAGAAGGAAGACGAGAAAAAGGAAGAGGAAAAGAAGGAAGAAGAGAAGAAGGAAGAAGAGAAAAAGAAAGAAGAAGGUGAAGAAAAGAAGAAGGAAGAGGAAGGAGAAAAGAAGGAAGUAGGCGAGAAAAAGGAAGAAACGCCGAAAAAGGAAGAAGAGAAAAAGAAGAGCAAGGAGAAGGAUAAGUCAUUGAAACCAGUCGUUCAGAAGUAUACUGAGAAGGAGAAGCUGAUUGCUGAAGGGCAAAAGAAGAAGAAGACUGACUAUCCGACAAUGGAGGAUGCACCAAGUGAUUGGGGAGAUGAUGAGAAGAAGGAUAAGAGUAAGAAGAGUAAGAAAAGUAAGAAGAGUCAGAGAAAAAACUAA